CGCGAAGAGGUUAUGUUUUUUAAAAUUUUAAAACUAUAUAGCUUGAUAAUAUGGUGCAAAUAGACAAAAAUGAGUCUAAUAUUAGUGUAUAUCAAAGUGCUUUUGCUGGUGGAGUAUCGGGUAGUGUUACGAGAGCCUUAGCUCAACCAUUGGAUAUACUGAAAAUACGUUUUCAACUGCAAGUAGAGCCAAUUCAAAGUGGAUCCAAAUAUAGUUCAAUAUUUCAAGCGUUUACGAGUAUUAUUAAAGAAGAAGGUACAACAACGUUAUGGAGCGGCCACAUACCCGCCCAGUUACUUUCAAUAUCCUAUGGACUCGUACAGUUUUCUGUAUACGAAAAAUUAACACAGACUUGCCAACAAGUCGACCGAGAGUUUUAUAACACACACAAACAUUGGAUAAACUUUUCUAACGGAGGCAUAGCCGCGAGUAUUGCGACAAUCGUCUCCUUUCCAUUCGACACCGUUAGAACGAGAUUAAUAGCGGAACAAAAGACAAAAAAGGCCUACAAAGGUUUCCUCAACGCUGUGGCAGUGAUGAUGAAAAAUGAAGGCGCAUUAGCUUUCUUUAAAGGAAUUAUACCUACAAUUGCUCAAAUUGGACCUCACGCUGGAGUGCAAUUCGCCGUGUACAAAGUGCUUACUGAGAAUCUGCUAAAUGAUAUAUCAUUCUUUCAAAGGUUUAAUUCAAAUCAAGAAUCAACACUAACGGCUAACUUAUUGGCCGGUGGGAUAGCAGGUAUAGUGUCCAAAACUGUCAUUUAUCCAUUUGAUGUAGUAAAGAAGAGAUUACAAAUUCAGGGGUUUCAGCAGCACAGAUAUUUUUUUGGCAAACAAAUGUACUGCACUGGUGUCAUGAGUUGUGUUAAGUUAAUAGUGACAGAGGAAGGAUUUCUUGCCCUUUAUAAAGGAUACUGCCCUAGUAUGCUCAAAGCAAUGUUUGUAUCUGCAUUACAUUUUGCCAUUUACGAUGAAAUAAAACAUAUAAUUUUAAGACUCUAAGAUGCCUGUGUUAA